AAAAAUUUAAAGGGGUCUGAAUACUUUCCGUACCCACUGUAUAUUCUUAUUUUACACAAAGUGGUUCUAACUGCUUACUGGAUUACUCAAAUGCAGAAAUGACUAUAAAACUCUUCAAAUGUUUUGAUACCAGAUGGUGUGCCAGCUACUUAAGGCCAGUUUUGCUUGUUUGCUUUUCAGUGUAGUUGAUAAACUGAGUGUUGGCAUCAGUGUCUCUGAAUGUUGAAGCCAUAUAACAUAUUUGAUUUUUGCUAGUAGUAUGAUAUGUUUUUUUUCAUGCUUCUCCUGAGUUCGAGAUUAGACUAGAGCUGACCUGCAGAGACUUAAAUACAUGGGGGAACACUGGCAGUUAAAACUCUGCGUGGAUAGACUUGAGUGUACCACUUUAUAUCCCAUAGCAUUGAAUUUGUAGCUAAGCAAGAUAAGAAAGUGAUGAGAUACCACCUGUUAACUGUAUGUCAUUGUUGUGAUCUCUUCUGUACAGGCCUCAGAUGAAAGCAAAAAAGUGGAGUGUGUGCCUAACGAGCACAGGCAUCAGCAGCAUAACAGUAAUGAGAACUCAACAUCGUUGGAAAAUGACAGUAUGCUCCUUCCCCAUGACAGAGUAGGCAGUGACUUCUCUUGGCUCCAGGUGCGGAGUCAGGAGGACUCUGCAGUCUUGAAAGCGCAUGAGCUUGAAGAUGAAGAGUCGUUUUUGUAUGGGAAUGAAGACACUGGAGGAAAACAGGCCAAAAAAUCCUCCACCGCACUCUUUGCAUCAUUUCCCCAGAUUGGAAAACAUGCCAAACUACAGGAAGUGGCUAGUUCAGGCAGUCAGCAUCAUCAGAGCAAGUCCAUAUUCAGCAGCUUCGGGGAUCUCUUUGAUCUGAAGCAGCCCCUUCAAAUGAAUUCCUCUGCCGAUCUGGACAGCAGUGAGUGUGAGAAGAUCAGGAACAUAUUAAAAAGUCUGGGCACAGCAGACGUCAGCGAUAUCAUGGUUAAGAUGCAGGGGCAAAGGGAGGGGAAGCAGCCGUCUCCUGCAGUUCCUGCUUCAGACCAAACAGCAGCAGGCUUAGUAUUACCAGCACUGAGAAACCCCAAUGUACGGCACGCUCUGGAGUCUUUACAGUCACUGAUCAAAGCGACAAAGGAGAAGCGUGAAAAAAGCGAUGGCAAUGGCACAUUUCAGACAUCCGCGGAUAAAAACAAGGCAGGUGACGAUGAGGAAGGGAAGACCGAAAAACAAGCCAGAAUAAGUAAAAUGGAAUCCUUGAUGAAAGAACUGGAUGGAUUGUUGAAACAGGAUGGGUUCAGUUUUCUGAGUCCAGUAAUUGGGUUUUACUGCCAGAAAUGUGAGGAGUUCAUUGGAGAUUUGAAUAGUGCUGAAAACCAUGCAGCCAUCCACAGCCAUAGUACCUCAAGCAGUCAGAAAGUGCAGAAGGACAAGCCUGCUGGAGACAGCAAGGGACACUCGCGCCAUUUUAUCAACAGCACUCAGCAUCCACACCCCUCAGACAGAGAUCACAGGGACUACGGUCACAGAAGAGACCACAGGAAUCACAGAGACCAGCAGCGAGACUGGAGGGACGAAAGAGAUCACAGAAGCAAACACCAAGACGACUGCAGAAGCCACAGGGUCGGGCAGGAUAACGUCUCCAUGAAAGAGGAGAUGAGGAAGGAGAGGAUGCUCAUAACGGUGUCCCGUGGACUAACGCCGCCUCCAAAUGUCAGGGUCAAGGAGGAGGUGAACAAGGAGCAGACUGUCGGAUGCCAUAGCAAAGUCAAAGUGGAAGACGAGGCCGGCAAGGAAAAAGCAUCCAAGAGCAACAGAGCAACAGAUGAAAGCAGUGAUAGUAGUGACGACAACAAAAGAAAAACGCAGAAAGCAAAAUCACCGAAAAAGAAGAAGAAGGAGAAAAAGAAGAAGAAGAAGAAGAAGGGAAGUCCUAAUUGUUGAAUUAUGCUCGUCACUUCCCAUAUCCACGCCCUGAGACGAUGUUGGCAUCUCGUUGCUGCCCAAGUUUUUCAAAACGUAACUUCUUUUUCUUGUCCCAGUUAUUUUUUGUAUUGGUGUGGUCAGAAGAGGGAGGUAGGCCUCAAGGAGUGAUUCAUCAUUGUGCUUCAAGGAACGGACUGACGUGUUAUGAAAGGCAUUUGUCCUCAACCAUAGUCAAAAGUGAAGAUUGAUAUACAUUUUAUCUUUGUGUAUCUGUAACAGAGAUGGGUCUGACCUCUGGUCAGCCCCAUGGUUGGACGAGGGGCACGUUUUGAGUUCUUGGAGGUGUAACAGCCCGCUCUUGAUAGAGCUGCUUCCAGUGGUUGUGCCAACUAAGGCCAAAUGCAUCAGAGACCAAUCUCUACUCAACGCACAGAGACGAAAUCGAUAUGAAUCUUUUUUUUUUAUUUAUUUUUUUUGGUUUUUUUUGGUUGUGCUUAAGAUUUUUUACAUGGCAAUUGCUAUGUUCAUGUAUGUCCUUGUAUACCUCACGUCCUGGUUUCAUGUUUAAAUUCAAUGUUGGAGUUUUAUACAAAAAUAAUUCAAUUCUCAAUUAUUGCUACGUUGUGAAUAUUUUCCAACAACAUUAAAGGUUUAGAAUGUGAUAAGUGUAUCUGCAUUUUAAUCUGAAAUACAAGAUAACACACAA